UGAUUGGUCGCCGCUCACGGCGGGGAGGCGCAGGUGACUUGCGCCGAGCUCGCCCAACCGUAGCCAGCCUUGCUCGCGGAGGGAGGAGCCAGGACGCUCGGCCAAUAGGAGGCGGUAUUGUUGGCGGCCACGGCGGCGCAGCCCCGAACCGAGCGAAGCCACGGUCGCAGCCACUGCCGCAGGAGGAGUGAGGGGAUAAAAACUUGCAGAUGGCAGAUAACAGUUUUUCAGAUGGGGUUCCUUCAGAUGCCGUGGAAGCUGCUAAAAAUGCAAGUAAUACAGAAAAGCUUACAGAUCAGGUGAUGCAGAAUCCUCAAGUUUUGGCAGCUUUACAGGAGCGACUUGACAAUGUCUCUCACACCCCUUCGAGCUACAUCGAAACUUUACCUAAAGCAGUAAAAAGAAGAAUUAAUGCAUUAAAACAGCUUCAGGUGAGAUGUGCACACAUAGAAGCCAAGUUCUAUGAAGAAGUUCAUGACUUGGAAAGAAAGUAUGCGGCGUUGUACCAGCCUCUCUUUGACAAGAGAAGAGAAUUCAUCACUGGUGAUGUGGAGCCAACAGAUGCGGAAUCCGAAUGGCACAGUGAAAACGAAGAGGAGGAUAAAUUGGCUGGAGACGUGAAAAAUAAAGUUGUCAUAGCAGAAAAAGAAACAGCAACUGCUGAAGAGCCGAACCCCAAAGGAAUCCCAGAGUUCUGGUUCACCAUCUUUAGAAAUGUAGAUAUGCUGAGUGAGUUAGUCCAGGAAUAUGAUGAACCAAUCUUGAAACACCUGCAGGAUAUUAAAGUGAAGUUUUCCGACCCUGGACAGCCUAUGUCUUUUGUAUUAGAGUUCCACUUCGAACCCAACGACUACUUUACCAACUCAGUCCUGACAAAAACCUACAAGAUGAAGUCAGAGCCAGAUAAGGCUGACCCCUUUUCCUUUGAAGGUCCUGAAAUCGUGGACUGCGAUGGGUGUACGAUUGACUGGAAGAAAGGAAAGAAUGUUACAGUCAAAACCAUCAAAAAAAAGCAAAAGCAUAAGGGUCGAGGCACUGUGAGGACAAUCACUAAGCAAGUACCCAAUGAGUCCUUUUUCAACUUCUUCAGUCCACUGAAAGCAUCUGGUGAUGGAGAAUCACUGGAUGAAGAUUCUGAAUUCACACUGGCCUCUGAUUUUGAAAUUGGACACUUCUUCCGUGAGAGGAUCGUCCCACGGGCAGUGCUCUAUUUUACCGGGGAGGCCAUUGAGGAUGACGACAACUUUGAAGAGGGUGAAGAAGGAGAAGAGGAGGAAUUAGAAGGUGAUGAGGAGGGAGAAGAUGAGGAUGAUGCUGAAAUCAACCCCAAGAAAGAGCCCAGCCAGCCCGCGGAAUGCAAACAGCAGUGAGGCGCCAUGGCCCUGCUGCAGGCGGUCACCUCGCAAGCUGUCAGGACUCAGGACUCCGGGCCCACAGGCAGGGGCCUCCGUCCUGUCUGCACCAUCCUGUCCACAGUGCUUAUUACAUCUAACUCGUUUUCAAGUGCAUGAUUUUCACUUUCACUUUUCCUUUUUCUUUAUUAUUUUACUUAACUUGUACAGUGGCAACUGAAAUGCAUUUCAGAAAUAGGAGGUUUAGUUCCAGCACCCUCUACGGCCUUGGCGCCGGUAGCUCUGGACUUUCCCAGGCCCUGCCCUUUGGGAGGGCCCCGUAGACCACAUGGGGUGGAGCUGGGAGGUCACUCGGUGAAAGGGCUGAGGUCUGGUGACGAUCCAGGGCAUCCAGAGCCUUGUACCACUCCUGCAGUCGGAUGGAGUGCUUCCCUUUUGUUUGAAGAAACCCACACGCUAUUUCCAGCCACUUAAUCUGCUGAGUGUGAACGCUGCUUCAACUGUCGUAUUCUAAUCAUCUCGGAAGAGCUAUGUAGAGUAAGGUCGUGUUCUCCUUAGGAUGUUACUUCCUUGCGUUUUAUUUUUCUAGGGGUGGGGGUGGGGCUGUGGCGCACACCGACUUGGGCGAGCGCUGCAGGGCCGUCCUGUUUAUUUAUUCAUCCACGCCGCAAGGAUGCGCACUCACACUGUCACCCAUCCUUACAACUUUGGACCGUGCUGGCGACUUGAGCAGGGAGGUGUGCCGUCUCCUAGUGGGAGCGAGGCCUGUGUAGAAGAAACGAUCUGCUUCCUGCUGCCAAGGCAGGGGCCUGUUCUCAUGACACGCAGACCACGUGCUGCGGGUGAAGAGCGCGGUGCAGGCGGGGCGCCAGCGUACUCAGUCUUCCCGGGGAGCUUUCCGGUUCAGUGUGAGCGCGUGUCGCUUCUCAGUGACUCCAUUUCUGGGCCCCAUCAUUCAUCCUGUCUUCAGAGCCUUGGGUUUGGCGUGACUGGUUGGCAGCUGGCGUUGUGGGGUUUCCACGUGUGUGACAGCAGUCCCUGGCAGCCGGACCGCUGUGUCCACACUGUGACCAGGUGUGUUAGGACAGUGCUCAGCCUUACCUUAUAACACAUUUGUAACUGAAUACGUUGUUUUCAAUUUGUACAGAAUAGUUAGAAUAUUCUAUUAAAGUUGUGAAACAUGAA